CAAGACAGCUCCCCCAUUAGCAUGGGGCAGGUGGGCUGAUUGACUGACUCCCUGCUCCCCCCUCUCUGCCACCCUCCCUCCCUUCCCUACCCAUACCCCUUCCAGAGUGUCUGAUCUGUGAGCAGAUGAGAUGUUCAGGACAACAACACAGCAGGCGAGCGAGCGGCAGGGAGAGAGAGAAAGAGAGCGAGGGAGCGUGAGAGACUGCCACACUGACAGCUGGAGGAGAAAAACAGAAAUAUAAAAGGGAAGGAGAACGCAGUGCUUUCAGCUUGUAAGCACUGGCUGGAUGUUUUAUUUUUUUUCUCUUCCCUACGCGCCCAUGUGGUUUUUCUUAUCCUCUCGCUCAUGUGUAUCAAACAAUGACUGAAAAAAGAAGAGGUAUCAAGCUCACAUCCUCCAUCAUCCAUCCACACACGGGGAAAGAGAGCGUGGAGACGCUUGCUCACUACACACCCUUUCUGAAGGAGAGAGAGUUGCGGCUGUGGAUGGACCAGUUUUAACAGAGGAUUGCCUGCUACUGAUGAAGAAAGAGCGCUUUUUUUCACAUUGUCUACAUUGAUUUUCCUGAUUGGAUUUUGUUCAGAGGAAAGGCGGGUUGGGCAUUUGUUUGUUAAUUUGCUGUUUGGCUUGGCGCAAGGCCCACAGCACAGCACAGCACGGCACAAAGCUUCCCUCCCUUUCCUCUGGGAGACCAGGGAGAUGGUGAGUGAAACUGGCUCUGUACAGCCCUCCCCUGGCUGCAGCUCUCAUUUGUUUGGCCUCUUUGUGUUCACGACUCGCGGUUAGCCAAGCCUUACCACCCGCACUGAAUUGAGCUAUUGUCUGGAUCUCAGGGUCUCUCACGCUGCCCCCACUCAACCCCUCAACCCCCGAGCUCCUUUUGACAAACCAAAACCACCCUCACCAACCCCUCCCUCUUCUAUAAUUUCCUGCUUCCUCCUCUGUUGGUUGUGAGGCCACAUCGUUCGUUUGUAUCUGGUCACACGUGAAGCUGGAGGCAUAAGCCUGGAUUAAUGGCAGACGGUGGAGGGUAAUUCAUCGCUGGACGCUGCCUCUGCUUUUGGAUCACUCAAGGAAAAGGAAAGGAAGGGGACCUUCCCACACCCUUCUAUUUCUGCCGGAACAACAGGGCUAGCACUACAGCUGUUUGUCUGUGAGAUCGUGCUGUGUGUCUUUGGGUGUGUGGUGUGUAAGCGUGUGUGUAGCAGGGAGAGAAAAGAAGCGAUAGAGGAGGAGGGAGAGUAACAUUACAUCAGUGUCCUAGCUCUAUCUGCCUGCUACCAUGUCUCCAGCCUGACCUCGGCUGAGGUGUAUCUGGACCACAGAGGUGUGGUUGGGGGGGUCCUCCCCCAGGGUGGAUAAGGGGACAAGGGGUAACAAAAACCCUCAGGAGGUCAGCCUAACCCCCACCCCCUCCCCAUGAAAAAGACACGGAGCACCAUCCUGCACCGGGCCUGGCCCUGCUCGGAUUUCUCGGACAGGGCUUCAGAGCUCACCCGGUCCCGCAGCGACAAAGACUACCGCCUCCACAAACACUACCACCCUCAGUACAUCUGCCAGUCCCCCCGGGGGUACAUGACAUCAGGUGAUGUAUCUCCCAUCAGCAUGUCGCCCAUCAGCCAGUCACAGUUUAUCCCUCUGGGGGAGGUGCUGUGCCUGGCCAUCUCAGCUAUGAACUCAUCCCGCAAGCCUGUCACCCAGGAGGCCCUGACAGAACACCUGGCAACAUGUUUCCCAGGUGUGCCCAUACCAACGGCGGAGAUCCUCCACCACACACUGAGCAUGCUGGUCCGGGAGAGGAAGAUCUACCCUACGCCGGAAGGCUACUUCAUCGUCACGCCACAGACCUACUUCAUCACGCCCUCUCUCAUCAGGACCAGCUCCAAGUGGUACCACCUGGACGAGAGGUUGCCUGAUCGCAAGCAGCAGCAGCAGUGUACCUCCCCCCUCUCUGGAACCUUCCCCCCCUCCACCUCUGGCUGUGUCAGGGACAGGUCUUAUCCUAAGAACCAUGGAUACUUUUAUAAUGAUUACCAUGAUAACCCCCCCAGCCACCAUACCACCCUCACCAGGAAGUCCCCCAAGAAGCACAGGGAGGCCUACUCACCCCACUCCCCUCACACCCCCACACAGCCCCAGCACACCAUGGAGAAGACACGGAGCACCCUCAGCUUCCCCUUCAAGUCGGACACCCUGACCAAGCAUCGAGAGGGGGGCAGCAGUGGGGAAAAGCAGUCCAAGAAGUUUGGCCUUAAGCUGUUCCGGCUGAGCUUCAAGAAGGACAAGACCAAGCAACUGACCACCUUCUCGGCCCAGUUCCCCCCGGAAGAGUGGCCUCUGCAGGGCGAGGAGACGCCCACGGCCAUGCCGCACAACGUGGAGAUGGAGAUCAUCAGACGGAUAAACCCAGACCUGACAGUGGAGAACGUGGCGAGGCACACGGCCGUGAUAAAGAGGUUGGAGGAGGAGAGAGCCCAGAGGAGCAAGGCCAGCUCGUCAGCCCAGCGCAGCGCACACAGCAGGAGGAGCCGUCGUCAUCGCAAGCCCCAGGGUAAGCCCUCAUGCUCCCACAUUAAGACCCGCACCACUCGGGGAGACCACUUUGAGGGAUCUAACCUGGACAUGGUGGCUGAGAGGGACUACCAGCCCUACAGCUCCUCCUCCCUGGAACACAGCCAUGCCCGCCACCUGGCUCACAGCAACCCAAACAUCAUGGAGUCCCACCUGCCCGUCACCCCAGAGUGGGACGUGUCAGGAGAGUUGGCCAAGAGGAGGACAGAGAUGCCCUUCCCCGAGCCGUCGCACGGACCGUCCCACUCCAAGGUGUACCACAGCCACACACGGGAGAGGAAGUCACGCAACGAGCGCUCAACCAACAAGGCCAAAGAGAGGUCCCGUUCCAUGGACAACUCCAAAAGGCCCCUUGGGGUUGGGCUGAUUGGGCUCCCGGACUACUUUAAGCACAGCCCUGAUGAGAGGGACAGAGACAAGAGGCGCUACUACACAGACGACGGAACUUUGAGGGCCGCAGCCCAAGCCUCCCACUACUCCCACUACGCCCACUCGCAGGCCACGCCCCAUGCUGUUAAGUUAACCUCUGUGUGUGUGCCCGACAGAGGAAGGACACUUAAAAAGAGUAAAAGUAGAGACCAUUUACCUGACUACGACCGCUUGAAGGCUUACUCUCCAAAACCCAUGGCUGAGGACUAUUUCCAGUCCAAUGCAUCCAACAAAUUAAUCUUUACUGCUCCCAGACCCAUAGGAAAACACAAUCAAGAUCGCUUACCUAAGGUGAAGGUGGGUUGUCCCUACGACAGACAGACCCCUCACUACCCAGAGUACAAAGAGGAAACUACAAAGGGACAUAACAGUGUUACUUUACCAAUGCCCUGCCAGAUGCCUGAACCUUUGCUAAAUGGCCAUCCUGUACAGCACCACAACACCAACUCUGGUAGCAUGGACAGGAGGAAGGAGAUCUUUAGCAAAGACACUUUGUUUAAACCACCACCCAACGCAUUGCCAGGCACCUAUGGGGACGGCAGCUACUCCAGGUUAAGCACACUCAGCAAGACCCAGGUCAUGUCGUCAGCCGAGAUUCCGGACAGCCAGGGGCAAUUUGAGCAGCCUGGCCCCCUGCUAGCUAUGCCCCGGCCCCCUUCCUCUUCCCCCUCGACUGGCUCGUGCCAGGCCUCCUUCGACUACUACAAUGUGUCUGAUGAUGACGAGUUGGAGGACUCUGCCUCGGCCGAGCGGUCAGAGCAGAAGGCCCCAGAGGGUUGUGGUGGGGGCGGACAGGGCACCAUGCAGUGGCUGCUGGAGAGAGAGAAGGAGAGGGACCUCCAGGGUAGGUUUGAGAGGAACCUGACCUUCCCCAACCCCAGGGAGAGUGACCGCAACAACCAGGGCCAGCAGUCGGCCCACUCAGCCAGGCUGGACAGCAUGGACAGCAACAGUGUUACAGUGGACAGUGGAUUUAACUCUCCACGCACACGAGAGAGCCUGGCCUCAAACACCUCCAGCAUUGUGGAGAGCAACAGACGUCCGAAUCUGGCUCUGAGUCCCGGACACCUGGGAAUCGCCACAGGCAACGGUCCACCUUUUACCUUCCAGACCAUUCUUGAGCCGCUCACCACCCAACCUGAGAAACUGCAGAAACCCUCAAACUGUUUGGCCUCCAUAACGAGUGUGUGACAUUGGCUGGAGUGUGAGGUAAAAAAAAGAGACAAGUGUUGGGUUUGGAUGUAUACCCUACACCUCCACCUCACUGGGACUGUUACAGCAUACAGACUGACAGGGUCUUCAUAACACACCAGCCAGCUCAAGGACUGGUACUACAUCUGUCAUUCAAUGAUUAGUUAUCAUCUUCCGUUGGGUUAUAUUUGAAUUUGUGAUGCUCACUACUACAAUAACACCACUUCUUCUCACAAGAGGACAUUUAUGAAAGUAUUUUAAAGUAUUGAUCUUUUUCAAACCCAUUCUAAAACUUGAAAAAUAAAAUAAUGUAAUUCUACUGGUUCUUUUAGGUUUUUGUUUUUACUGAGCAGUUUUUAUUUCUUUAAUGUGAUUGAUUUGACUUUGACCUGCCAGUUGACAUUCUGUAAUUUGUUUUGAUGUCAAAUUUAUAAUCCUAUAAUCUCAGGUCACGUGUAAUAAUUAUACACUUGUGGAAGGACCACCAGAGGGCAGGCUGGGCUCAUAGAUAGUAGCCCAACAAGGCAUGGGAGGGAGGGAACCAGAGGCAAUUAAGCACAGCUGACGGUACUAAUGACAUACUCUCCUUCCCCUAUAAGAGAGAGAAUGGAACCAGCAGAGAUAGGGGGGGAAAACUAUCUCGGGAAGAUGGCCACCGAGAGAGAGGAGGUAUCCAGGAAGAACCACAAUCCUGUGACUUUUUGUUGUAGUUUAAAGAUAAUCCUAUUGUGUUCCUGUUUCAUCUGGAGAAGAAGAUGUAUGUUUUUCCUUGGAAGAUUUUCAUUGAUUAUGUUGGAGUGUUUGUGUUGACCAAAUGCCCUCAAUAGAGAACUGUGUUCAAUCAAGAAA